UGCAGUUCUUCUCUUCCACACACUCUCGUCAGCGGUGAAGAGGCUCAGACAAACACUUUCCUCUGUAGUUUGUGAAGCUUCAUCUUUAAGGAUGGAUUGUUCUGAGGAGGUUCAGACUGUUUCAGAGGAGUUCAUCCCUCCAGUGGAACUAAAGAAAGGAAUGUCCAUUUUUAUUGAUAUUUUGCGGAGGGCUGAUAAAAAUGAUGAUGGAAAGCUGUCUUUUGAUGAAUUCAAAUCCUACUUUUCUGAUGGAGUUCUGACGGCCGACGAGCUGAAGGAGCUCUUCCAUACCAUUGAUACUCACAACACUGAUAAUUUGGACACAGAUGAACUCUGUGAUUAUUUCUCUCAGCACCUGGGUGAAUAUGAGAAGGUUCUUGCUGCUUUGGAAGACCUGAAUAUGUCCAUACUGAAUGCGAUGGAUAAAACCAAAAAGGAUUAUCAGGAGUCCACCCACCUGGAGCAGUUUGUGACCCGUUUCUUGUUGAAGGAGACGACCAAUCAGCUUCAUUCCCUUCAGAGCUCGCUGGAGUGCGCCAUGGAAACCACGGCUGAGCAGACUCGCCAGGAGAAACAGGGGCCAGUGAAGCCAGACAUUCUGUCCAUCCAGCUGUCGGGUCGCCGCUCCAAUCGAAGGCUGCAGAGGAACAACAGCCUUUCCCCCAACAACCCUCUUCUCAGUCUUGUUAAUUCAGGUGUUUAUGAUGAAGAUGGUCUGUGGACAGUCCAGGUCAACAGGCUGCAGAAGCUAAUCGACCGUCUAGAACAAAAGGAGAUCCGCAUGGAGCCGGUGGAGGAGGAGGUCCUGGAGAGCAAAUCGCACAUCCUAAUAGUCCAGAGGCAACUCACAGUGCUGGAGGAGGAACUGGAUGAGUUCCGUUUGGCUCUCAGACAAUACAUGGAGUGCGCUUGUGCCCAGACUGGAUGUCUACACAUCGCAGUUCAACGGCUGGCAAAUGAAUCACGCUUCAUUCUCUAUGAGUUCUGGGAACACAACAACGUGUGGAAGAAUCACCUACAGACAAACUACAGUAAAACCUUUCAGCGGGGGAAUGUAGACUUCCUGGAAACUCCGGAGACCAUAACCACCAUGCUUGUUCCAGCGUCGUGGUGGGUCCUCAACAACAACUGAGGGAAGAGCAGCUGAUCGUCACUGAUGGGUGUGAGGAGCAGUCAGUCACCUGUCAGCCCGUCAGGAGGUCCAGAGCAGCACGUCACACAGACUCGCACACUAACUCAACACAACUUGUGAAGUCAUGGUGAUUAGUACUUAUUACCUCCAUGUUCCUUCAUAGUUUGGUGGUAGCUGAGACAGCCCCGUAGGUCUUCUUUUUACCCCCACAUUUCUAGACGAUGCUGUGUCGUUGCCAAAAGGAACACAGUUGAGAGUGAUGACCCGAUGUAGACACUGUACUUUGACGUGGCUACGACUCCAUCUGCAGUCCAGGGAUGUUCACAACAGAGGGGGCGUACGUGUGUGCAGUUUUAAAGUGCAACUUCCAGGUUAAAAACACCAGCAAAACCAUGAGGGAAACCAAAAUACAUGUCAUUUUAAGGGAAAAUGGAAGAAGAUUUACAUUUUUGGCCAAAUAUUUGAAAAGAAAAAAAAGGGAUGUAUUUAUAAAAUAUUUACAAUAUUUAAAGGUAUUUUAUAUCUAGUUUAUGAAGCCCCUUAAGGGACAUUGAAGUAAAAAAUAAAUACAUUUAAUGUUUUUUUUCCAAAAAUUGAAGUGAAAAAAAAAUGCUAACUGGUGUGCACCAGAUACUAUAUGAAUAGUAUAAUACAGAUAAAACAUGAUCCCCUGAAGGAACAUCGAAGUAUAAAAAAAACUUAAGUAAAAGAAAAAACAUUUCUAAAGAAAAAAAAAUCUGGUUAUUAUCUGGUUCUCACUAGAUAUUGACCAGAAUUUUUUUUCUUAUAUUUUCUAAAAAAAAAAAAAAAAUCUGGUUAUUAUCUGGUGCACACCAGACACUAUCUGGAUAUUAUCUGGUCUGCAGAAAGUUUCUAAAAAAAUUUUUUUAACUUCUAUUUUAUUUUUACUCAGAUGUCCCUUAGUUCAGGGGCUCCAUAUUUGCUAAAAUUCCAUAACUAAAUUUUAAAUUUUAGAUGUUUAUAACUCCAAUACUUUAUUCUUGUGCUUUAAAGCCAUUAGAGAUUCAGGUAAUAUAUUAUAUGAUGACGAAAAACAGCAAUUUACAUAAGUCAAAUAUAAUACACCAAUCGGUUUAGGUUAGCAAGCUGCAUAAAAGCUUUAAUUAAGCCUAAGCUGCUUUACUCUUUACUUUCUCUUGUGUUUUAUUAAGAAAUAAAUACGAUUACGUUACACUUUUCAUCUGUGUUAUACAAAACAGCAUAAAAUCAGUAAUUUAAAUAUUGGUAAUCUGUGUUUAUCUUGGCUGGUUAAAGUUAACUGGAAAGUUGCUCUUUAGUGGAACUGUGGGGUUUUCUUUGAAACUAUAAGUAUUUUAGCCUCACAGUUUAGUUAUUGGGGUUAAUAUUAGUAUUAUGUUAGAAUCAAAGAGGAUUUGUGUUUACUUGUGACUAUCAUCUUUUUAUGAAGACACCAGAAAAAUCCAUUCAGUAAAUGUUUGUACGCACAAAGACUCAAAAGGGUUUUUGGAGAAAAGGUCAGACUCAGAAUAGAAGUAUUGACCGUAGCAGCUUGAGGGAGCUCGUGAACCAUAACACUGCAGUUUCUGUACUUUAUGUGUCAAAAUGAAAUUAAAUUAUGAAAUAAAGCUUUUAUUGUUGUGGAUCUGAUGUAAA